CGUACACAGAGCAUACUUCAAACUACUGAGAUCCCCCUUCGAGCAGAUUCAUUGCGACGACCCUUAAGUCCACACAAUGGGUAAGAGACGGUACUACGAGUUUCAGGAAGAGUCGGAUGAUGGUUCAGAAGACUCGGAGUCCGACUUCUGGGAUGAACUCGUCCACCUCCCGGACUACCAAGUCGAAAACCCAAGCAAGCAGAUGUUCCGCGUCAUCGCCUCGUACCCCUCGGGCCAUGAAUACAACGGAGACAAUCACCAACCCAGGCCGGACAGUGACGAUACACUGGAGGCGAGAUACCCAGGCGAAGCAGAGACUUGGGGCAAUGUGUGGGAGCAUUUCUGGUGGAAAAGACACCCUACACCCUUCAUCUCGUUCUUCAACAACUUCGAGACGGCGAUUCGGUGGAAAGAUCAAUUUAUUCGAAAAGGUGCCGACGAAGUCCACAUCUUCUGCUAUAACACCAAGUAUGUGGGAGAUCUUCUGGACGCACAUGAAUUGGCCCAAGAAAUCGAACGCGAGCGAUCGAUCAGGCUAGGCAACAGACAUCAAUAUGAGUAUCUUGUCUGUCAUAUGAUUGACGGACGUCAUUGUGCUGGGGCUUAUGUCUUCACCGAGUGAAAGAGUCAAAUGAAUAGCUCUGCGCCCGAAAAUGGAAACAAGAUCAAUGUCUUGAGUGCCGUACACUUUUCGCAGGACUGUGGAAUCAAAACAAUGUCCACUUAGAUGGAUGAGACCAAGAGAAAUUGUGGAACAGGACAAUUUGGUGGCAAUGUUGUGAUGAGUAAAUGAGGACCGGAGGGAACGAGUAUUUCAAGAAAAGAAACACGAAAAAGGUUCACGGGACUGACCUGCCCAAUCUGAAUCAUGACCUCACCUGCUGCUGCUGAAAGUCUUCAAUCUGCGGCAGCAGAAAUUCCAUGACUGUAG